CUCGCGCAUUCGCACUUCAAAAAUUUCGUUUUUUCGCGGUUCUCACUCCCAUCAACUCCUCAACCGCAAUUUACAAAUUUAAUCUGAAACCUUGAAAUUGAAGGAUCAAAAAUAUUUUCCCCCUUUUUGGAUUGACCCACUUGUUGCAUUUCCCCUUGCACUUUCACUCUCCCAUUAUUAUCGUUUUUUUCUUCUUCAAAAUACUCAGUUUGAAACGUUUGGCGCGCGUGCCGGUAAUUAAAGCAAUGUUGAGAGUGAUAUUACCGAGCGGCGUGAAGAGAGAUUAAAGUGAAGUAGGAAGUGGAGGAAGUGAAGAUUUUAUUUCAAAAUUCAAACGUCAAAUUGCGCGCGAGUAGACCGGUGAAGUUAAUCCUCCAGUUAUUGAUAAAUUCUCCAGUAAUUUGUGAAGUAAUUGCCAGUGGUGAAGAUUUGCGGAUCAUUCAGUGAUAAAAAACCAAUUGAAAAAUCAGUAUAAAUUGCUCCGGUAAAGUGACGACAGUUUCCUCCUACCCAAAAUUGCCAAGGAAGAAUCGUCACAGCGGGCGGAUAAAAAAUCGUGUGCGUUGGAAAACAAAAACAAACGGAAAAUAUCGUUGAGGCGGAAUUAAACAAAAGGCAACAGCAGCAAUGGAAACAUGAAGACCAUUGAGGAUCUUUCAUCCAAUCAUCUGAACUCUACAUUCAACAUCCAUAAAUGACCGAUGUGGCAAGAUCAAUCGUCAGGAGUAUAUCAACACAAAAUGAACCGUAUCCUCGUUCUACUGUGCAUGGCCAUUGUAUCAAUUGCACGAUGUCAGAAGAUCCACGAAGACAUGACGCCGGAAGAGAUGCUGUCGGUGUUCCAGACGUCGUCUCAUCAUGACGUGCCUGCAUAUGAGGUGGUUCCAGUCCUCCACACGCCACACAAGCGAAGCCCGGAAGUGACGCCGGAAGUUCACCUCAGAGCGUUUGGAGAGAAUUACAAUUUAUCACUGAAGUCAACGAAAGGUCUUCUCAAGCCUGGAAAGCAUGUGUCCAUGUGGACAGUAUCCAGAAAUGCCUCCAGUCCCGAUGGCCUCGACUACGAAGAAGUACCAGAGGGAAGCGCCGACAUCGGUGACAUCUACCAGGACCCAGAUAACAUGGCGUCCAUAUUGUUGCACCGAGAUGCAAAUGGGAAAGUCCUCGUGGAGGGGAAUAUUGGUUCGGAGCUCGUUAUUCGACCGCUUCCCGAACGCGUCCUCAACGAGAUAGUUCCUAGUAUUGCAGCACUUCAUGAGGAGAAUUCACUGCCAAAUGUGACGAGGAGCAAAAGAGAUUUGAGUCAGACGCACCAUCAUGUGGUUUUUAAGAGGGUUGAGAGACCCCUUGCGGAUGAAUAUAGUGAUUUCGCGUUCAUGGAACCGGAUCAUCUGGCCAGACGGUUCAGGUCGAAGAGAUCGAUUACACCGGGGAGGUCAAAACGCGAUGCACCUUACGUAAUUUAUCCGGAAAUCCUUUGCAUCGUUGACUACGAUGGUUACAGAUUGCACGGUGGAGACAACGUUCAAAUAAAAAGAUACUUCGUGUCGUUCUGGAAUGGUGUCGACAUGAGGUAUAAACUCCUAAAAGGACCCAAGAUUCGCAUCAGCAUCGCUGGAAUUAUUAUAUCACGGGGAAGAGAUGCAACACCUUACUUGGAAAGAAAUCGCGUGGGACGUGAUGCGAUUGACUCAGCGGCUGCACUGACCGACAUGGGCAAAUAUCUUUUCCGGGAGAGGAGGCUUCCGGUUUACGACAUUGCCGUUGCCGUGACAAAAUUAGAUAUGUGCAGGAGGCAAUACGCCAAUGACGUGUGCAAUAGAGGAACCGCAGGUUUCGCGUACGUAGGCGGCGCCUGUGUUGUUAACAAGCGAUUAGAGAAGGUCAAUUCAGUCGCAAUAAUCGAGGACACCGGUGGAUUCAGCGGUAUCAUCGUCGCCGCCCACGAAGUCGGUCAUUUAUUGGGCGCUGUGCACGAUGGAUCACCACCGCCGAGUUAUCUCGGUGGUCCGGGAGCUGAGAAAUGUCGAUGGGAGGACGGUUACAUUAUGAGUGAUCUCAGACAUACCGAGAAGGGCUUCAAAUGGUCCUACUGCAGUGUCUCGUCUUUCCAUCAUUUUCUCAACGGUGACACAGCUACCUGUUUAUACAACGCACCCCACGAGGACGAGGCGCUGCCCAGGGUCUUGCCUGGAAAAUUAUUAUCAUUGGAUGCACAGUGUCGUAAGGAUCGUGGCACGAGCGCAUGUUUCAAAGAUGACAGGGUAUGCGCACAAUUAUUCUGCUUCGAUGCGGGCUCCGGCUAUUGCGUUGCCUACAGACCCGCGGCCGAGGGCUCUCCCUGUGGAGAUGGACAGUAUUGUUUGAACGGAAAAUGUGUAGCUGAGCAUGAAAACAUUAUUCCGGAUUAUACACAAAAUAUUCCUACGUAUGUCAGGCGUGACAGCAUAUACAAUAGUGCCUCUCAAAGUCGGCCAACGUAUGCGCAGUAUAAUAGCACAGAUUACAGGUACCCAUGGGGCACAUCAACCCAACCUACACCCCAAUCAACGACACAGUACAAGAGUAGUGAUCACACAUCAGUGUCCCUCGACGAUACGACGUACAGUCGUCCACCCUCUUCCUCAACCCAACGUCCCAAAUCAUUCAGUAUGAGUACGCGAACGACACCCAUUCCACAGCGUCCAACUGGAUACAAUAAAAUAAAAAAUUACGACAAAUACUACAAUAGACACGAUAUCUCAACGACCAAGAGAGGAAAUUAUUUAAAUAAUUUGUCCAACGUGUACUCUACGACCUCGAGUCCAAUCAUACCCAGUCCACAUUACAGUACAUUUAGUAGAAAUACACCGUACAGUUUUUUGAGCUCGGUGUCACAAUCAACUGCAGGUCGUGAAACAGAGGGCGGUGAGUGCAUCGACGUGGCGUCAGACUGCGCAGAGCAGAUUGACAGGCUGAGAAUGUGGCUGUGCCAUCUACAAUCUGUGAAAAGGCGCUGCUGCGCUUCCCUGAAGAAUAUCUGCGGCUGAACAUAUCGCCAAUUGGAUAAAAUAAUUCAACAAUAAAUUGACUAAAAUCCACAUCUUUUCCACUAUUUUCAAUCUCAUUCCAGGGAAUUGAAACGAAAUAUUGCAGAAAUGUGUUCGAAUUAUUUGAAACAAUUACUACCACGAGAAAUAGUGUUCAUAAGAUGUAUUUAAAUCAAAUAAUGAAAUUUGAAUCUCGUCGGCUCACAUUGUUUUACAUAUUUUUAUAAUUUUUUUUUGUGUUGUUAAACAUUCUUGAAUGUCAUUGAGUUAAUUGGAGAAAUCGAUUGUAAUUUUCUUCAACGUUUUCAUUCUAAGAAUCUGAUACUCAAAGAAAUUUUACAAAAAACGUCAAAAAGUAUAAUUCAUUCACAUUAACGUAGGAUAUUACAUCAUUAUAACGUAGAAGCGAUUAUUGAGAUUUAAGAAUUAAUAUUUCUUUUAUUUGUUUGUAAUUUAGAAUAAUCGUGGAUUACCCUGAAUAUAUUGAUGUGAAGAAUGCCUGACGUAUUUCAAUGAAAAUAUUAGAGAAGGUAAAACCUUUUCAGCGUUGUACUCAUGAUUUGGAAAAUCUUCAAUUCGAUUUAUUGUUUUAAUUCUCUUAUUUCUUACGAUUAUUUUUCUGCUAAAUAUAUUUAUUCGGGGAUUCGAGAGAUGGAGUGGAAGUGGUCUUUGUGCGAGUCGCCUUGUAAAAAUACGUACAACAAUUUGUUUGUUUGUUUGUUUGUUGGCUCUUUCGUUAGUCUUUUGAUAAUUGAAGCAAAAGAAAUACCGACGAGACUCAUUCUUAUGUAGAGGAGAUGAAAAAUGAGAAAACGUUCUUUGUAAUGUAAGAAUAAAUGAUAGUGACAAAACA